AUGCCCGAAGACGCCCCCUACGACCCCUACAUCCCCAGCGGCCAGGCCGCCGGCGGCGCGCAACAGCAAGGAGCUGGCGGCAAUGCGAGGACGCAGGCUUUGCAGGCUCAAAUCGACGACACCGUCGGCGUGAUGCGUGAGAACAUCAACAAGGUCUCCCAAAGAGGCGAGCGUCUUGAUGCUCUGCAAGAUAAGACCGACAACCUGGCUGUCUCGGCCCAGGGCUUCCGUCGGGGCGCCAACCGCGUCCGCAAGCAGAUGUGGUGGAAGGACGUCAAGAUGCGCAUGUGCUUGAUUGCCGGCAUCAUCAUCCUUAUCCUCAUCAUUGUCAUUCCAGCGGUUGUUGCUACCCGCAAGUAA